GACCCCUAAUGUGUGGCAUUUCCUACUUGUAGCUCUCCCAACGCUCAAUUUCGUUUUUUUUCCCUCCCUUCAUUUUCGCAGAUAAAUUUUGGGUAAAUACAAGCAGCAAGGUUUCAUCGCGAUCGAUUAUAUCCACCUUCGACCUUCUCCGCGGCCAAAUUGACCGCAGAAAAUACGCUAGUAAGUAAUGGCUGAUGACGCUGUGGAAAUGCAACCGGUUGAAAUUUAUAGCUAAUAGCUGCAUCAUUCUGCUGGCCAGCUUCCAUGCACGAGGAUUUCAGUGCCCGAAUAGGGCUGUUCACUCUUCUGCUCAUGAGGAUGAUGAUUUCUCAGAGUUGGAUUCGGGAGUAUCAGAAUGCAUUCCAAAUAAAAUUGAAUCAGUUAUCGAGAAAGUUGAUGAUUUUGUGGGUGAUGAUGUUUCCUUAGAAGUGAAUCCAAGAGUAUCAGAUUGGCCUGACCAGGAAAUUAAUUUGGUUACAGAAAAAUCUGAUGCAUUUUUGCUGUGCUCUUCUGCUGUUGAGGAUGAUGAUGCCUUCUCAGAACUGGGACCGGGAACAUCAGAUGUCUCCGCUAAGAAACUGAAUUUGGUUACUGAAAAAUGCGAUCAUUUUACGAGAACAAAUUCCCGUAAAAAGGCCCAGUCUUCAGGUCACAAGGAUUUGAUGAAAGCCAUUGCCAGAUCUUUUGCUACUCCAGCUAAGGCUCGUGUCCCUUCUAAUGUAAGGAUGCCUACUGAUAACAAGGAGCCGGGUAGCAAGUCCAUAUCUUCAGAUUACAGGCCAAAUGGGGAGGAGGGAGUUGGAGCAGUUGCCAAAUCUUCUACAACUUCAUCUACUGAGUCUCAUGCCCCUCAUAAUGCGCCAACAUCUACUGAUGGCAAUAAAAAUAUAUCUGAAACAAAAUAUCCACUCUCUGUCUCCAUUAUGAACAUACCUUCUGAAGUUGGUCUCUCCAAGCUCGUAGAAGCUAUUUCAGUAUUCGGAAAGGUUUCUGGUGCUUCUUUUGUGACUACAUCUGAAAAUUUUAAGUGUUGUUACAUUGAUUUUGAGGAUGCAGACCAAUGCAAGAGAGCAGUUUCGGCUGGUAAAGUUGAAGUGGGAAGUCACAUAUUUCUAGUUAAUCCUCUUGAUGCUGUAGAUCUAGUUGCAGUAAGGAUCAAGAACAUAAACCUAAGGACUACUGAUUCUGCAGUACACUCCAUAUGCAAGGCAGCUGGCGAAUUAGUGGGAUUGACUAGGACAAACAGGACCUGUGUGGAUGCCUUCUUCAACGUCCGGAAUCACACUUGCCAUCUGGACAUAAUUAAAAAGUUGAAUAAUACAGUAUGUGAAAGUAACUGCUGGUCUGCUUGCGAGCUCCCAAGCAUAUCUAACGCAUCUCAAGCUGGAUACAAUUUGCAUUCCCAGAUUGCUGAUCACUGCGCCAAGCUGAACACAGAACUUUCCAUGAAAAGAGUAUAUCUGCAGGAUCUAGAGUGCUUAAACAAGAGUGUAAUGCACCUAAAAGAAAUAUCACCUCCCUUGAAUCACUCAGAGCGUAAAAGAGUAACCCGUCUCAAGUCAGCUGAGUGGCAUAUAUCACUGGGUGAUGAUAGGAAACUGUUGGAAAGAAGCAGAAGUAAUAGGGCAUUUCGACAGAAUCAGAGUCAACCAAAAUCAAUUAUCUACAACUCAGGAUCAUCCAAUUCAAUGCAACAACCACACAGGCGAGAAUGUGGUGAAGUGGGGACCCAUGGGAAGGAUAUUAAUCCCAUCCCAUGAGCCAUGAGCAUCCAAAAGGAUAAACUCGUGGGCUUCGAAGAUUUGAAUCGAAUUGAAACUUGCUCUAUUGUUUUGUACUGUGUAUAGGACAAAAUAUUUAUGAAACGGUAGAUGUUAACAAAUUUAGUUAUACGCUUUGAAUGUAUUGUUAGAAAGUUGACGGAAUCUUAAAUUUUGAUCUCGAAUCCCGAGUUGUAGUAUUGCAUUUCGAGGGGCCACCGGCCACCCCGCAUUGAAUUAAAUGAGUUUGGGGUUCCAUAAAUCGACGUUUAAAUGCAACAGUCAAGACACAUGUUUCACAUGUGAUAAUAUUCAA